GUCGCAGCUCGCUAUCGUUUAAUGAAUGCGGCGCUAUGCUUGGCCAAGGAGAGCCAUGGUAGUUGUCAACUCGGUGCUCAAGCUGCUUCAGAGACAGACGUACACCUGUCUGUCCCACCGAUAUGGACUCUACCUCUGCUUCGGAGGCAUCGUCCUCAUGAUUGUGUCUGCUUUCCAGUUUGGAGAGGUUGUUGUAGAGUGGAGCCGAGACCAGUAUCAUGUGCUCUUUGACUCUUACCGGGACAACUUGGGUGGUAAAUCAUUUCAAAGCAGGCUCUGUCUGCCCAUGCCCAUUGAUGUGGUCUACACGUGGGUGAAUGGCACCGACACGGCUCUGCUGAGGGAACUGAAGGCCGUGAGAGAGCAACUGGUGGAGGAACAACAAGCCCUGAGGGAGCGUCUGGGGAAAAAUGCAAGCGAGACGACAGAAGAGCCAAAAGACAGGAUGAAGCUGGAAUGCUUGCUGUCCCACUGCAUCGUGGCACCCAUGCUGGCCCUGGAUCCCGCCCUGCCAGCCAACGUCACUGUCAAGGAGCUGCCGUCGCUGUCGCCCUCGCUCUCUGCCGUCAACGAGCUGCUGCAGCUCAACAAGCCCGUCUACCCGUCCACCGCCGCCUCCGUGCAAAACAUCAAAUAA